CGUGCCGGGCUCAGGUGCGCCCGCCCCGCCCGGCGCUGAUUGGCCCGCCCCGCCGCCGCCGCCGCGAACAAUGGCCCCGGCCCGCUUAAAGCCGGCGGGGCGGGCGGCGCGCUGGGGCUGGAGCCGGGAGCGCCCCCCCGUUUCCUUCCCACCGACCCCAGGGCGCCGCCACCGCGGCGCGAAGAUGCCGCGGGGCUUCUUGGUGAAGCGCAGCCGCCGGCCCGCGCCCGCGUCUUACCGGGCUCGCUGCUGCCGCGACGCCGCCGCCGCCUCCUCCGCGCCGCCGCUCCCCGCCGCUUCGCCGGUGCCGUUCGGGACGCCCGAUGCCGCGGCGCAGGCGCUGCGCAGCCCCACGCGGCCCGUCAGCAGGGACAAGUACCUGGAGCGCGGGUUCAGCCUGGGCUCGCCCGUCUCCGCCGAGUCGUUCCCCGCCCCGGCCGUGCCCGGCGCCACGGACCCGCUGCUCUUGGCCCCCGCCGAGCUCAAGCUGUGGGCGGCCGAGCCGCCCCCCGGCGGAGCCCCGGCCCCCGCGCCGCCCCCCGCCCCGGCUGCCGCCAAGCGCCCGGAGCCCGCGCGGCACAAAGCCGCCAAGAAGGCGAAGGCGAUCCGCAAGCUGACGUUCGAGGACGAGGUGACCACGUCGCCCGUGCUGGGGCUGCGCAUCAAGGAGGGCCCCGUGGAGGCGCCGGUGAAGGCGCGGGGCGGGUGCGCGCGGCCGCUGGGCGAGUUCAUCUGCCAGCUCUGCAAGGAGGAGUACGGGGACCCCUUCGCGCUGGCGCAGCACCGCUGCUCCCGCAUCGUGCGCGUGGAGUACCGCUGCCCCGAGUGCGACAAGGUCUUCUCCUGCCCGGCCAACCUGGCCUCGCACCGCCGCUGGCACAAACCGCGCCCGCCCGCCUCCAAAAGCGGCGCCGAGCCCGGGCGGCCGGAGGAGGCGGCGAAGGAGGCCAGCGGCGGCAGCGGCAGCGAGCGGGACACGCCGAGCCCCGGCGGCGCCUCGGAGGCGGGCUCCGAGGAGGGGCUGUUCGAAUGUCCCCGCUGCGCCAAGCGGUUCCGCCGGCAGGCUUACCUGCGCAAGCACCUGCUGGGGCACCCCGAGCCGCCGCCGCCCGCCGAGUGCCGCCUCUGCCCGGUGUGCGGGGAGACCUUCCCCAGCAAGAGCAGCCAGGAGCGGCACCUCCGCCUCCUGCACGCCGCACAGGUCUUCCCCUGCAAGUACUGCCCGGCCACCUUCUACAGCUCGCCCGGCCUCACCCGGCACAUCAACAAGUGCCACCCGUCCGAGAACAGGCAGGUCAUCCUGCUCCAGGUGCCGCUGCGUCCCGCCUGCUAGAGCCGCCCGUGCCUUCCCGGCUGCCCGGGGCCGGCGCCGCGGACCCGCCGCACCAUUAGCUUUAAUACGGCUUGUGAACUGCUGGAAUCUGGCUUUACGUUUACCUUUCGUUUCUCGCUUUAUUUUGGGUUCGGGGUUUGGUUGUUUUGGUUUUUGUUGGUUUUUUUUUUGUUGUCGUUGUUGUUGUUCAUUUCUGUUCUUCUGUAUGUGAACAGAUCAAAGCGCUUGAGGAGAAAUGAGAAUUUCCUUUAGUGUAGCCACAAAUGCCUUGACUCCGCUGUUGAUGGUCUUCAGAAAAUGCUGUAGAAACUGCCUUAACUGUGACAUGUCAACUCUCUGUUUCUGUUCGUUUCGCCCUUACUAAGGUAGCUCAUCGGUUGACUUAUCUGUAUAUGUUGGUUUGAGUAAUUAUGUUAUAUUUAUUUGUUAUUUAUUUAUAUUAAUUAUGAAGAUUGAUAUUAUUUGAUUGCA